CUUACUAUUUUCCGGGUCGACCCGCGAAAAUAGUUUUAUCAUGGCUAAUAUGGGCUUAUGGGGGGAUAACUAGUUGGGUCUCCUGAGGUCCAACUUAAUAAUCGAGCUCUGAUAAUAGCCACUAAAGACCGAAUUGCCCUUCUCGUUUUGGUCAGAUCUCAUACGCAAUAAUACUUUAUUUCUCUCUCUCGCAGAAUUCACCCUUCUCUGCGAUGCAUCACACCACCAACAUCGUUCUCUCUCUCCACCAUUAAAUCGUCGGCUUCACUUCACAAAUUAGGGAUUUCAAAAUUGCUCGCGUAUUUGCUCAGAUAUUUUCAUCAAUUUGUGUUAAUUGCUCGGCUCCUCAAUCAACCGCUUUCGAAGAACUACAGAAAUCGCAACUUGACCCGUUGCAUAUGGAUUCCAAGGGGGAACUACUAUUCUUUAUAUUAGUUCACCAAAUUAUUGUUCGUCGUGCAAUUCUAAUUGGUUUAUUUUUUUAUGCCCGUCGAGCACACUUUAGGACCGAAGCUCAACCAAAUAUUAAAAAAGGAAAAGAUAUAGUAUGAUUGGCAGAAUGCCUGAUCGGGCAAAAAAAUUGAACGAGCUACUGUAUGAGUCAGAUACUAGUGCUAUGACCAAUUUUAGAAUGGAUAUGAAUACUUUCUUGAGGUUGUCUUAUGUAUUACAAGAUGCUGGCGGACUUUUUGAUACAAAAUAUGUAACUGUCCAUGAACAAGUAGCUAUGUUUUUGGCCGUAUUGUCACACCAUAAAAAAAAUAGAAUAAUAGGUUUUGAUUACGUACGUUCGGGGGAAACGGUUAGCAAAUAUGUCAAUAGCGUAAUGAAGGCACUUAUGAAAAUCCACCCCCUACUUCUUUCAAGUCCGACUCCAAUAAUAGAGGACUGCAAUGUACCUAGAUGGAGUUGUUUUCCGGGUUGUAUCGGAGCAUUGGAUGGGACAUAUGUUGAAAUGCGUGUUCGUCUAUCUGAUCAACCACGCUAUAGAUCUAGGAAGGGAAUGGUAGCUACAAACGUUCUUGCAGCAUGUGAUACAAAUAUGCUAUUUACGUAUGCCCUUGCUGGUUGGGAGGGCUCUGCGGCAGAUGGGAGAGUUUUGAAAGACGCAAUUACCCGGCCAAAUGGUUUGAAAGUUCCAGCAGGGAACAAUUACUUGUGCGAUAAUGGUUACACGAACGGCGAAGGCUUUCUUACUCUUUAUAGAGGUGUGAGGUAUCAUUUGAAAGAAUGGGGUGAUAGGAGAAGAAUUCCACAAAACUAUCAAAAAUAGUUUAACAUGAAGCAUUCACAGGCUCGCAAUGUGAUUGAACGCAUCUUUGGAAAUCUGAAAUCACGUUGGGCAGUUUUAAGGAGUCCUGCAUACUAUCCCGUGAGAACACAAAACCACAUAAUUAUGGCAUGUGUGUUGCUGAACAACUUCAUUCGUAGUAAUAUGGCUGACCCAUUAGAUGAAGAAGAAGAAGAUAGUGACAACGACACUAACAACGACAGUGAUAGCAGCAGUGAUGAAGAUAACGAUCGGGACUAUAUUGAAGUCGUUGAGCCCUCACCAGCAUGGACUGCAUUCCGAGAAACAAUUGCAAAUGAUAUGUUUAAUCAGUGGCGUCAAGCUCGUGGUUAAUUUUUUUUUUAAAUUGAGAAGAAAUUGAACAAUAUAGGUGUUGGAAGAUUUUAUUGUGUAACAGAUUAUAGUAUAUUUUCCUUUUGAGUUUAUUUGGCAACGUUGAAGUAUAUAUCUUUGUUGUCUAUUUGGAUGAUGAACUUACUUGGAAGUUGUUGAAAAUUGAUUGUGAUUUAUUUGCUUUCAAAGUAUUCUGACUUGUGC